AUGGCGACAGGACGCGUACAGGGCCUGAGGAGCCGCGAGUACUGGGACUAUGAGUCGCACGUCCCGAGCUGGGGUAAUCAAGAUGAUUACCAACUGGUUCGAAAACUUGGUCGAGGGAAAUAUAGUGAAGUAUUUGAGGCCAUUAACAUCACCAACAAUGAGAGAGUGGUGGUAAAAAUUCUCAAGCCAGUGAAGAAAAAGAAGAUAAAACGAGAGGUUAAGAUUCUGGAGAACCUUCGAGGUGGAACAAAUAUCAUUAAGCUGAUUGACACUGUAAAGGACCCUGUGUCAAAGACACCAGCUUUGGUAUUUGAAUAUAUCAAUAAUACAGAUUUUAAGCAACUCUACCAGAUCCUGACAGACUUUGAUAUCCGGUUUUAUAUGUAUGAACUACUUAAAGCUCUGGAUUACUGCCACAGCAAGGGAAUCAUGCACAGAGAUGUGAAGCCUCACAAUGUCAUGAUAGACCACCAACAGAAAAAGUUGCGACUGAUAGACUGGGGUCUGGCCGAGUUCUAUCAUCCUGCUCAGGAGUACAAUGUCCGCGUAGCCUCACGGUACUUCAAAGGGCCCGAGCUCCUCGUGGACUACCAGAUGUAUGAUUAUAGCUUGGAUAUGUGGAGUUUAGGCUGCAUGUUAGCAAGCAUGAUCUUUCGAAAGGAGCCCUUUUUCCAUGGACAGGACAACUAUGACCAGCUUGUUCGCAUUGCCAAGGUGCUGGGUACAGAUGAACUGUAUGGUUAUCUGAAGAAGUAUCACAUAGACCUAGAUCCACACUUCAACGAUAUCCUGGGACAACAUUCAAGGAAACGCUGGGAGAACUUCAUCCACAGUGAGAACAGGCACCUUGUCAGCCCCGAGGCCCUAGAUCUUCUGGACAAACUUCUGCGAUACGACCAUCAACAGAGACUGACUGCCAAAGAGGCCAUGGAGCACCCAUACUUUUACCCUGUGGUGAAGGAGCAGUCACAGCCUUGCGCAGAUAACGCUGUGCUCUCCAGUGGCCUCACGGCAGCACGAUGAAGACGGGAGAGUGAUGGGUCUGUUGCUGUUUCUCCCACUUUUCCAUAAGCAGAACAAGAGCCAAAUCAAACGUCUUAACGUGUGUAGAGGUCACGUUCAUGAGCAGACACGAAACGGUGGCAGGUUACGGGAGCACGAACUAGAUCAACUGAAGGGCAGCCCACCACCGUUUACCAAACCUCAGUUCCGAAUGUAAAAGGUUCACCAGCCUUUGGCCUCCUGUUGACUUCCUCCUGACCCAGAAAGCAUGGGAGAUGCAAAGGGUAUGCAGACUGGUUGUUGGUUGCUGUUACUCCCUGAGCUUACCCACCCUCACUGACCCAGUGGCCACCUAUUUCUCCAGCAAACUCUGUUACCUAGGUGGCCACAGACUCCACGGUGGGGGCUGGGAUUUAUGGCAUGACGGGCAGUUACGUCUUAUUUUAAAAGUAUAUAUUAUUGAAUAAAAGGUUUUAAAAGAAA